AUGUCCACAACUCCAGUUGGUGGAAAAAUUGAAUUUUCAUCACACCGCGAAAUAGCACACGUUCGUCAGGAUUUAGCUGUCACGAAAGAAAUUUUGGCAAUUGUGAAAGAAGAAAAUGAACGCCUUUGUUCUGUUGCGGAAGAACGCACGGUAGAAGUAGCACGCUUAAACGAAGAUUUGGAGGAAGCCAAACGCCAGUUUCAGAAUCAAAAACAUGCACAUGAAAUGGAAAUAGCACGUUUCCAGUCUAGUCGAACCUCUUUAGAAGGAGAACUUGCAGAGGCCCUUGCUGAACGUAAGCGCCUCUCGGAUCUCUUGCAUAGCCUAAGAGGGCAAGUUGAUGGGAGGCUGACAAAAUUAGUUGAGGAGCUUCAAAUAAAAGAUGAGACAAUUCAUGGGCUAGAUUAUCGUAACAGAGAGUGUGAGCGUGAAAUUGAACGUCUAAAUAGAAUGGUAAAAACGGACAGUCUCACAGCGUCUAAAUUGGAAGAAACGCAGGGGAAAUAUUCUAAAGCUCUAGCUGAAGUUCUUCUUCUUAAAGAACAAGUGGCUCAAUAUCAAUUGGAAUUAUCAUCUACACGUGAGAAGGUGCAGCAGUUGUCUGACAAUUCGGUCGAUGACUCUCAAAAGUCUUUUUUGCGUGAGGCAGUUUCUCUUCUGAUGCUGUAUCGGCAAUGGCUUGUGGAGUUCAAUGUGUCAUUGUGGGAUAUUGAGGAUCGGAUAGAAACAUCAUUAAAUAGUAGCAUUGAUGCACUCGCACAAAUGACAAAUCCAGGUGUUCCCUAUAGACCUCCGACAGUGGAGAGGGAACGUUUAAAAGAGAUGAAAAAAUUUGAAAGGGAACGAAAAAAUUUUGACUCAAUGGUGUACCCUGAUAAAAAUGAAACGUGCGAAAACGCCUUUGCUUUUUCUGUACAUGUCAUCCGAGAUACUUGGGAUUCUUCAAGACAUUCACUUGAAAAGGUAAAGGUUAUAUCAAAGCAGCUCUUGGAAACAUUGCAGUCUGUUGUUCAGGUAUCGGAGGAUUUACACACCAAAACAAUAUUAGCUUCUCCGUCAGAAUUUGUGACGAAUGCCAAGGUUUUAAGAUACGAAUGCGACCAAAGCCGACUUGUCGAUACACUAAAGGAAAAUUUUGAAAUGCAGUUACAGCUUCGGGAAGAAGAACAACGCAAAAAGGAGGCUGAAAUAACAAAUUUGAAAUCCAUGAUUUCCACGUUAGAGGGCCAAAAGGAUUUGCUUAGUAACGAGUUAUUAAAAACGAAGCAGGAUGUAAUAAAUGCCUCACUUUCCAGUACGUCGAAGUUGAAUGAAUUAGAAUGCAAACUGAGGGAAACUGUGAGAUCCACUGAGGAUAUGAACGCCAAGACCCUAAGUGUUCUAAAGCUAGAGCAAGAAAAGGAACGAAAGGAAAUGGCUGAGGCUAAUUCACGACUAAAGAAGACUCUUGAGGAGGAGGGUGCCAAAAUUGAAAGCAUGAAAAAAAUGCUUCUUGAAAGUAAAAGGCGUCGACUCAUUCUUAAGGAUGAGAAUACAGCCCUUCGGAAACAGCUGCAAAAAACCGAGGAUCUUGUUAAUGCUCUCCGUCUCGAAUUGUUGGGGGCCAAGCAAACGAUUGAGUUGCUGUACGCCGAGCUACAUUUUGCUGAAAAUAAUCACGAAAGACAACCUAACUCUUCAUCUUCAAAAGCUUUUCUCUCGUUUAAAAAAGGGAUUCAAAAAUCCUCACUCGAAGCAAAGGCUGUAUACUUACCCAGAGCGCUGUGA